AUGCAGGUGACCGUAGAGCACGUUCAUCCACCGCCGAGAGCGAAACAUCAACAUGAUUUCUCGGACAAAAGUUAUCGCUAUUGUUUCGAACAGUCUCCGCAGGACUCUGAGGGAACACUUGAAUGGAAGAUAAGACCAGCUCGGGACAAUAUGAGUCCAGUCCGACAGAGGGAUGACAUCUUGAAGAAAAGGCUGCUCAAGGAACCCUAAAAAGGCAUUGGCUCAGUCGCUACACCAUUUACCAGAAGUGUCAUCAGGACACCAUCCGGUGGCGUCAGCAUCACAUCAUGUGGCCAUUCAUCAGCUGCUGGCAUUACUCCCAUGAGUCACCUCCCAUCACGCUCCAGAAGCCCAGCCACUGGUCCUGGUCUCUCCACAGAGCACAGCUCCAUCUGCUCCUGGAGAUAUGAUGACUUUGAGCGGGCGAACACGCAGCGUGUGUGUCAGCUUUUUAACUCUGUGGAUGAGCUCCUUUAUGAGGGAAGAGUCAGCAGCCACUCAGAGUCCCUGCAGGACGAGUGUGAGGAGUGGAACAGUCGCACCCCUCAUCUCAGAAUUUUAGGCAACCAGCUGGAGCCUCCGAAACAGGAGGGGGUUGAGUACAUACGCAGGGAAGAAAGCAGUGCCAGAACUUCAUUCGUCCCUUUAGCCUCCUGCCUGGCCAAGAGAGAGGAUCACAGCGAGCUGUAUGUAACAGGCCACGGUCUGGCCCCAGGCUUUUGGUGUGAGCAGUCCAUCCUGAGCCUCAGUUCUCCGCUCUCCGAACGUUCAGAGGAGGUGUAUGAGGCAGAGGGCAGUAUAGAGGAGUUUUUGGCUUAUGAUGGAAAAGAAAUAGCAGAUGAGGAGGUGAAUCAGAGAACAUCCAGAGCCCUCAAAAGUGGAAUCCCCCCGGUGUCCCCUCAUGCAUGCAUCCGUGACGCAGUAACAGAUGAGCUGUUUGAUGAUGUAUGGAAGGCAGUGGUGGGUCUACUGGAAGAGCUCUUACACAAGUACUGCGAAAAACAUCUCCCAGACGACACUACUCAGAAGAGAACUUUAGAAAACUCCAGUAAAGAACCUUCCUCUUACCUUCCGCUUAAAGGACAUCCCAUUCUGUUGUCCAGAGGUUCUAGUAGAACUACACUCCUGUCAACCGGCGGAAAUAAUAUACAGGACUCAAGUGCCUUCAAGAUGAAUUUAUAUGGUGUCAUGACAAUCCAAGCAAAGCCUCUGCAGCAGAGAUAUCAGGGGUUUGGCGAGAGAUCACCAUAUGACCCAGAUGAUGGACCGAGCGUGUUAAUGUGUGUGAAGACUCAAGCUCUGAGAGGGUCAAGUAUUCUGACACAAAAACUCACAUCCCAGCGCAGACUCCCGAGACUCAACAGCAGGGUUCGGAUAUACCACAAUCUGACGGGAAAUGGAAGCCAACCGGGAACUAAAUUAUCUACUGUGAAUGAAAGCUUGUCGUCUCUCCCCGUGAGUGCCAUUCAGAACCACAGGCUGCCUCAGAUUCACUCCGAGUCUCCCGAGCAAGAAUACUGUGCACCUGUUUCAAGACUUCUGCAGCAAAGAGGGAAGAUCUUUAGAGGUGGGGCAACCAGUACCAUGAAUCCAAUUAACAACCUCCCGCCAUUAAGAGAACCCACCCUGCUGCUGGAGUCUCUGUCCCGGCCCAAUACUACCCACACAUUCAGAUCAGACACGCCCAUGAAAAGAUCCUUUACUCCUAUGGAUUUUGCCUGUAACAUGAGGACAAGUCGAGGUCCUCUGAAGGGUGACAGCACACCUAUGGGAGUGACAGGCUUCAGUAUGAGUAUCAUUUCUUCCACAGCGAGCGGAUUCCUGGAGUGUUCCACACCCAGCAGGAGACGUUUACCCAUCUCCUCCUGUACUGAUGGGGAAGGAGGAAACAUGCCUCUGCUCAGCUCUAUAGGUGGCCAGAAUCAUCGGAAACAACUGAGCCGCUUUCCUGUGCAUGUGAGAAAGAAAUUUCAGCCUGUCAUGCCAUAACAGAGCAGUUCAUUUUAUAAUUGGAUAAAACUUCAUUUAUCAGAAGCUGCAAACACCCGCUUAUUAUAACCGGCCAGAAAUGACAAAUGCAACAGCACACUGAUAUGUUAUCACAGUCAUAACAUCAGCUUAUUACUGUAUGUUGUUUACUGCCUGUAUUGGCACGAUUUACUACCAUUUGUCAAAUGUGCCUUACAGUUAUGGGCUAGUUUUCUGCAAUGACUUCAACAUCGGGAGCAAACAGGAAAAAUGAACCGAUCCAUCGGGAUAGAGUGCUCUCUGUGUUAAAUGCCAAACACAUUUUGUUAAUAUA